GCCGGGGAGGGUGGGGAGGGGAGGGGAGGAGUGCCGAGGUGUGCCUGUCACCCCGAGCAGGGCUGGCGCUGAAGAAGCCCGCUCUGCUGUCUCCCCAGAGCCGCUCCGAGCACGCUGUCGGCGCAGACCCCCCGGCAGAGAGGACAGGUCAAAGGCAUGCCAGCUUUUCCGUGAUGCCUGGCCAGUACCACCAGCCAUGACCUGGAGGGACAGGCACAAGAGGUAGUUUGGUCUUCUUAGCGAGCUCAGCCCGGAGCUCUGCCCCUUGAGGAGAGACCUUCGGAGGUGCUGGAGGAUGAGUGGGAUAAUGCCAACUCCUGCUGCUCCCUGGUGAGCUGGGACACCAAACUCACCCUGCUUCAGAGCUGAAGUUGGACUUUACCUGGUCCUAGAAGGAAAUGCUGUCUCUCCUCUGUGGCCAUCCCUCAGCUCUCAACGUCUUCCAUUGAACAAUUGACUUUCCACUCUAGGAGGCAAGGAUCAAAUGGGUUGAGGACAACUGGCCCUUCUUGGCUUUGGCAAAGAGGAUUCUUUGGUGUAUUUUUAAGUGCCAGGACAUGAAACAGUAGAUCCCUUCCUCCUGCCCUCCUGCCUCCUGCAAGCAGCCCUGACUGCGGUCCAAGCCAGCCAGUUAAAGGGUUAACCAUAGCUGGAUGCCUGAAUGGCUGCCUUACUGAUCCCACGGAGGAGCAGAGGGAUGAGGACUCGCCUGGGCUGCCUGUCUCACAAAUCAGACUCAUAUAAUGAUUUCACAGCUAUUCUUCCGGACAAGCCCAACCGGGCUUUGAAAAGACUGUCAACAGAAGAAGCCACAAGAUGGGCAGACUCUUUUGAUGUCCUUUUGUCCCAUAAAUACGGGCUGGCGGCUUUCCGUGCUUUCCUGAAGACGGAGUUCAGCGAGGAGAACCUGGAGUUCUGGCUGGCCUGCGAGGAUUUCAAGAAGACGCGCUCGGCGGCCAAGCUGGCCUCCAAGGCCCAGCGCAUCUUCGAGGAGUUCAUCGACGUGCAGGCCCCGCGGGAGGUGAACAUAGACUUCCAGACACGGGAGCUGACCAGAAGAAAUGUGCAGGAGCCCUCCCUGUCUUGCUUUGACCAAGCUCAGGGGAAGGUGCACAGCCUGAUGGAGAAAGACUCGUACCCCAGGUUCCUGAGAUCCAAAAUUUACACAGACCUGCUGUCUCAGACCCAGAGGAGGCUCAGCUAGGACAGCCACGGGGCUCUCAGAAACCACGUGCUUCCCACAACAGCCAAACCCCAUGUUUAAAUGUGAAACUUUCUCGGUGUUAAAAGCAGUGGGAAUGGGAAAAGAGGGAGAAGGGGCAGAGGAAGCUUCCAGAGAGUGAUCCAGGCGUGGUAUUAAGACUCUUUGACUAUCUGUGCUUUUUUUUUUGUUUUUGUUUUUGUUUUUUUUGUUUUUUUUUUUUUUUGUUAGCAGUAGCACCUUGCAGUCGUUCCCUCUGUCUAGCACAAACCCACAACCCUCUGGAGUCAGGGGGUCACCUGUGGGCAAGGCAGGUUCCCUUUAAAAUGGCUGGGCUGGUUUGUGUGUAAAUAACACCCCUCCAUCCUUCCACCCAUCUCGCUGUCUCUCACCUCUCCCUUGUGCUCAGGAGAGCCCCAAGGGCAGUGAGGCCACAUCCAGGCCACCUCUCACACUGCUGGGGUCCGGACCAGACACUGAGGGGAGGCAGAGAGCAGACAAAGGCACAGGGUUCAUUCCCUUUCUUGAAGUGGAAACCAUCAGCAAACUCAGCUCACCUCCCCAUUUAUUCUGUACCCCUUAUGGCUUGGCUGCCACCCUGCCACUGCCCCCUUUCCUUCAGGGAUGGAGGCUCAGAGUAUUCUCCAGGAGCUGAGCUUUCCUCAUGAGGAAGGUAAUCCCAAAAGCUCUCACUAGGCCUGGGCAGGCAAGUCUUCUAAUGUGAAUGAUUGUUUUUCGUGGCUGUUAUUUAUUUGUGUGGUAGCUCAGUCUCAGCCAUUAUUCAGGCUUUGUUGUGCUGGGCACUGGACCAAAGCCUAGCACAAAGGGGCUCCAGGCUGCCACAGGCUUGGUGGCUCCUCAGGAAGGACCUGUUGGGAGAGAGUGGAGAGAGGGAAUGUCCCUUCUGGCCCUUGCUGAGGUGUAGGAAAAGCACAAGGCCCAUCUGCCACAGCAGAUGGCAUUUUUCAUGGGGUACCUGGCCAGCACGUGGCAAGGUGACAAAUCCCAUUUCUAUUUUUGUUAUUUCCCUUUUACUGACUGUUCCCACUCACCGAGUGUCCACUGUGGGUUCAGUGCCCUGCAAAGAGUUCCCCAAGACAUAGUAAUAAUUCCUUCCAUCUGAUGGCCCCAUUUCCACGGCACUGCUGCUCCAGCUUGGCAGAUUCUUGCAAUAUUUUUGAGGGGAGAAGCAGACAGCCUGUCUGUGGAUUUGAGCCGGCAGACCAGAGGUCUCUUUUCUUAAUUUAAUGAAGGCCUGGAAAGUGAACCCAUGGAUCUUUUUCUUGUCUCAGUCAUCCCCAGACCAGAAGCUGUAAACCUCUGCUCCAGCCGAGGGUGGUGGGUGUCUUUGAUACAUCAGAAAACUGCCGAUGGAGACUUUGUGUAAUGUGGUGUAUGAGGAAGAACAAAGUCUAAAGCCAAGCAAAAUGUUUUUGGAACAAGAUAAAAAAAAAGUCUGGUUCGAUAUUAAAAAUUACUGUCCGUCAAUUAAGUAGGAAACAGCUUUUUGAAAGGAUGAUAUGUAGGACAGUAGGACAAAUAGGAUCAAGACAGAGGUGGUAACCAUGCUGGAUUUAUUUUGGAGGUGUAUUCCUGUGGUCUCCAGGACACUGAAGUCUAAAUUGCAAUUGCAAACUUUAUGUUCAGUAGGGAAACCUGCUUUUCAGUGCCUGGUUGGCCAGCAGCAAAAUCCUCCAGGUCUUUGGAAGGCAAAUCCCAUCUCCAGUUAAAUUUCCCCGAGGAAAGGCCAGAAAGAGCAGCACUGACCCAGUGUUCUGGCUGUCCCCUGCCCCUGCAAGGACACCUGAGCAGCAGGGGCUGGCCUGGGGUGACAGAGGUGACAUUCUGCAGCCACACCAGGCUCAGUGACACAGCUCCUGGGACUGCUGAGGCCCCUCAUGGGACACAAGAGACACAAAGCUCAGGGUCUGGAUGUGAGACUGUUGGACACAAACUUUUUGCUGCUUGCUCAAAAAGGGGGAGCAGUGAGGGGCAUCUGGAAAAUGCUCCAGAUUUGCCAUGAUUUCCCCAAGGGGACCAGAUCACGCAGGAGCUCAGUGUCCCAAAGCUUUGUGGCAAGCAAGGCACAGUGAGAGAGGUCUGGUGAACCUGUGCAAGGCAUGGAAGGAAUCCGAGGUGGAAGCAAAGGACACAGAGCCACACGCCCAGUGGCUGUGCCUGGUGCUGCCUGGGCUGUAGGAAGGUGUCUUGGUUUGAAAAGACAAGUGUCUGUUAAGGAAGGCAGGAACCUCCCUUGAAAUGGAAAAUGUAAACCCCCUCCCUCUGAAUUAUUGU